AUGCACCCCUUCCUGCGGCACCAACAACUCGCUUACACCAUCUACGUUAUUGAUCAGCGCCAUCCGAAACUUUUCAACCGUGGAGCCCUGCUAAAUAUCGGAUUCUUGGAGGCCUCCAAACGCCAUCCCUACUCCUGCUUCAUAUUUCACGACGUGGACCUGCUUCCUGAAGACGACCGGAAUUUGUACACCUGCGAUGCUCAACCACUCCAUCUCUCCGUUGCAAUUGACAAGUUCGCCUACAACCUCUUCUACGAGUCCACUUUUGGUGGUGCGGUUGCAAUGACGGCCGUUCACUUCAACCAAACUCACGGUUUCCCCAACUCCUACUUUGGUUGGGGCGGUGAAGACGAUGACAUGAGUCGCCGCCUUACCUUUGCCCACUUCAAGCUGACUCGG